GAAGUUUCAUGAGUUAAAUAAUUAUUUAAAAUAAAUUAAUCAAAAUGGUGUUAAAAGUGCAAAUGGAACAAAUGAGUCCUGCUGUAAGCAGAUUCAGGAGUAUUGCUUCACAGAUAAUAUCAUCCUUGUCUCCAAAUUUUCUUCUCCUGGAUCUUGGAAUGGCGAUAAGUUUUCCAACGAUAGCAUUGCCAGUUCUACUUAACGCCCGGGAAGGCUUGUCCGUAAAUGACGUGCAAGCAUCUUGGUUUGGCAGUUUAUCAUCGCUUACUCAACCAUUCGGCGCAUUCCUUUCUGGGCCCAUUGUGGAUUUCCUAGGAAGAAGAAGGGCUAAUUUCGUAGUAAAUCUGCCUCACAUAAUAGCCUGGAUUUUAAUGUAUUUUUCAUGGGAUUUACCUUCUCUCUUUAUGGCCAAUGCUUUGCUGGGAUUAGGAACUGGUAUUAUGGAAGCUCCGAUUAACGCAUAUGUUGGUGAAAUCAGUGAGCCGUCAAUUCGUGGAUCACUAUCAACAUUUACUCAGCUGUUCCUGUCACUGGGCACAUUUGCGAUGUAUUUCCUCGGAGCAGUGGUGGACUGGCGGAGUGCCGCUCUAAUUAGUCUGGCUAUACCUAUCAGUUCUAUGGCUCUUGUGCUUUUGGUACCAGAGACUCCAGUUUGGCUGCUUUCACGCGGUAGGGAGAAGGAUGCUUUAAAUUCUCUAUGCAAGCUGCGAGGUUGGACGACGCCGGAGCACGUUAGAGAGGAGUUUGAUCAAUUGGUGGAGUACAGUAAAAAACUACAGAACUGUGUCAUUUGCUACAAAUUAUACAACAGAGACACACAAACAUGUGAACAUGUUACAAUGAACCCUAUUAGGAGAUCAUUGUACAAGUUUAGAUACGUGAUGCUUGCGAAAGAGACACUAAGACCUUUGAUUUUUGUGAUGGUCUACUUUAUGUUUUACGUUAUGAGCGGCCUCACUCCCAUCAAGCCCAAUAUGGUUAACAUCUGUGGCGCGUUCGGUAUGGCUCAAGAGGGAAAAGAUAUUGUUCUGAAUGUCGGCAUCAUAACUAUUUGCUGCAGCAUCCUCGUCAUAGCGUCCAUCAGAUACGUUGGCAAACGCAAGAUGGCCAUCACCUCUUUGCUCGGCACCGCUAUAUCCUGCGCCGCAUUGAGUAUCUACGCUAAAUACAAUCUGGAUGAUUCCGUAUUCUCCUACGACACCAAUACGUUUCCUAAGGAAACGAGCUAUGUGCCUUUAAUACUCUUUUACAUUAUGGCAUUCUUUACCGGAUUCAAUUUACCAUGGGUUCUUGUUGGAGAAGUUUUCCCAUUCAGAAGUCGAGCUUCAGCCCAAGGUAUCGCAGCAGCAAGUAAUUACGUUUUCACAUUUCUCGGAGCCAAGUCACUCAUAGAUCUGGAGGUUUACGGACAGUUGUGGGGUACAUUUGCGGUGUACGCGGCUUUUGGAUUCGUCGGCACGAUAUACCUGUACUUCUUCCUGCCAGAAACGGAAGGCAUGAGUCUAGAAGAUAUUGAAGUUUUCUUCAACGGCGAUAAAAUACAAAUGUUUGCGAACGAUCCUGUCAUAAACACAUUAAAAAGGUUAAAAAAAAGAAAUGUUAACCAAUAAA